AUGACCAUCAAAGAAUCAGACGUCUCCGCUUCGGUGGUGAACUUGCUCAAGAACGCCAAAUACGCCCACUUGGCGACCGCCAACCCCCAUACCUACCAACCAAAUGUCUCACUAAUGAACUACGCCUACAUGAAUCAAUCAGAAUUACAUCCUACUCAUCAACAGAUAAAUUCGUCGCCUCAGACCUCAUAUAUCAUUUUUUCUGUCAACAAGAGCGCUACUAACUUUGAAAACAUCAAGAUCAACCCUAAAGUCAGUAUCUUGAUCCAUGAUUGGGUCACUGCAAAAUCAACGUUGAGUGAGACCGAAACUCCUAGGGGCACCAGCAGCACCACUGACAUCUCCCCAUUGUUGAAAUUAUUGCAAAACAUGAACCAGAGCGAGCUAUCGACAAUCAGUGUCACUCUAAAUGGUGAAGCGAUCUUGGUGGAAGACAAUGCCGACGCCGAAAACUAUUAUAAAGAGUUGCUCUUGAAGAGCUACCCUGAUUCUAAAAUAUUCAUCGAAGGAGAUAACAACGUGAUCAUCAUGAUCGAGGUCAGAAAUGUCAAGAUUGUUGAUACCCAGAAUAAUGUGCAGAAACAUUGA